UCCACUGGAACCACGAACAACCCUGUACCGAGUAGCUCUACCUGUACAGAUUCACUUGCAGAAGGUUCCCCGACUGGCUUUCAACUGCUUUUGACUCUAUAGCUGCAAUAAAAAGUGUAUAUUUUCAGUACUUUCUGUAUUCUCCGACAAUUUGUUUGUGUCGUAACUUCUGAUGACAUAUCAAGUGGGAUGGCCGCAUUAGAGAUUUACAUGAUUAAAAAUAAUCCCCCUUUGUGGUGAUGGAGUCAAGCCAAACGAGUUUACAGCAUGCAAGUCACGUCUGGUUACUUGCAUGCCGUUCAACUAAUUAUUGGUCACAGUUGUUGCACAGGAACAUCCUCUGGUGAGGUGCUGCUUGGAGAUUCAACACUCCUCAGAGACAUACAAACUUCAUCUAACGCCCCGAGCACCCGAGUUCCAACAGCAGGGAUUCACCGACCAGAGACUCAGUCCAGGACACACACCUCAGAAGGAGGCUUUAACCCCAGCAGGGAUACAGCCCAAACAGGAUGACAUUUUCAUCUUGGAAGCCCCCAUCCCCUCCACUCCUCCUCCUCCUCCUCUUCCUGAGCCAGUGGAACAGCACCACCUCAAACCCCCCCACCACCAUCGCCUCAAACACCUCCUCCUCCUCCCCCCCUGACACCAUCGUCAUCAACGCCACCUUCGAGGAGGCGGUGUGGGGCUGCGGUGCGGGGCUCGACCCGGCCUACCGCUACCUGUGCGACCGCCAUGCGGUGUGGGGCGUGGUGCUGGAGGCCCUGGCCUCCCUGGGCUUCCUGCUGAGCGCCGGCCUCCUGCUGGGCCUGCUCCUCUGGGCGCUGUGCACCUGCCGCCGCCGCAGCAAGGGCAGCGGCCUGGGCGGCACGCUGGCCGCGAUGACCCUCUUCCUGAUCGCCACCGCCGGCCUCUUCGCCCUCACCUUCGCCUUCAUCGUGCGCCUCGGGCCCCGGACCUGCCCCGUGCGGCUCUUCCUGUUUGGCGUGCUGUUCGCCUUGGCGUUCGGCUGCCUGCUGGCCCGCGCCAUGGCCCUGCUGGGCUUCGCGGCGGCCCGGGGCUGGGGGGAGCCGGCGUUGGCCCUGGGGCUCUUCACGGUGCAGGUGGUGAUCGGGACGGAGUGGCUGCUGGUGGUCCUGGUCAGGGACGGGUUGCCCUGCGAGUACAGCCAGGAGGAGUUUGUGAUGCUGCAGAUCUACGUGCUGUGUCUCCUGGCCGCGGCGCUGCUGCUGUCGCUCCACGCCGUCUGCCGCUCGUGCCGCUCCUACGGCUACACGGGCGGGAACGGCCGCUGGCAGGGCCGGAACGAGGCGGCCAUGCUGUUCCUCACCGUGCUGCUCUCCGCCGCCGUCUGGGUGGUCUGGAUCGUCAUGAUGACCUGGGGGAACGGCAGGAUAGGCCGGCGGCCACGGUGGGACGACCCGGUGCUGAGCGUGGUGUUGGUGGCCAACGGCUGGGUGUUUCUGAUGGGCCACGGGCUGACCCGGGUCACCCUGUUCUGCCAGGAGGAGGCUCAGGCCAAGGAGGGACCACUGAGCUUCGCGGGCUGGACCAGCCCCAACGCGGAGAUCCCGGGGCUGAGCAGCGUGAAGGAAGGCCGGGAGAACGGCAGCUUCGAGAACGACGUCGGCACUGGGAAAGGGAGGAGACAAGGGAGGGGAGCCGGGAAGGGACCGGUGAGAGAGCCGACGUUGAAGUCCCCAUACGAGUCAGGCAUCUCCAUGUCGGAAAUAGAUCCGGAGAGAGACUACACCAUCCCUCGACCUCAGACCACCAACACCAGCCAGCCACUUUUAAUUCAAACUCACAAUCUGGAUGUUUUGGGGGAUGGGGGUUCAUUGGCUGAAAACGAACUCCAGAUGAAACUGCUGGAAACCGGUGGUACGAGUGGAGAAAACGGACGAUGACAAGAGGGAGAAGACCGAAGAGAGGAGACGGUGACACAGACUGUGUCACAGAGGAAGAGGAGACUACUCAUGUACAUAUUUAUAUUCUCGACUUGUUACAAUGCUGGCACGUACAAUGCAAACAUUCUACAUUCUGAAAGUAUUUCUAAUCAUCUUUAAUAAAAGUGC